AUGCCCGAGCCACCUCAACUGCUGCAGACCUGUGCAGACGUGCGGUGCCUCAGUCCGGCUCUCAGGGACUGGAUUCAUCGCUGUGGAGUCCCUGAGGUCUCUGGGGCCUCGACCGCGGAGCUCCCCGACAUCUACAGACGAGUCGUCACACACUACAUCCACGACCGCUACCGGGACCGAAAUAAAAAGAAGCUUGCUUGGAGGAGGGUUAGCGAGGUGGUUGGUGUCUCGGUGGAAGUUUGCAAAAAGCGGUGGAAGAAUCUGAGGGACACAUAUGAGGUGCUGAAGAUACUGCCACCACCACACAAGAACCUGCUCCUGGUCCCACAGUCUCUGACGGAGAAGCUUCAGCUGCUCCAGGAGGACUCCCACCUGAGAGACGUUUCAGUAAAGACGUUUCAUCGGAGGCUCAGUUGUGGUUGUUGUCUGAGGGUCGGUUGUGGUUGUUAUAGUUGGGGGCUUGGUUGUGGUUGUUGUCGGAGGCUCAGUUGUGGUUGUUGUCGGAGGCUCAGUUGUGGUUGUUGUCGGAGGCUCAGUUGUGGUUGUUGUCGGAGGCUCAGUUGUGGUUGUUGUUGGAGCUGUGGUGGUGGUAGUUGUUGGAGGAGCUGUAGUUGUGGUGGUUGUUGGAGGAGCUGUGGUGGUGGUAGUUGUUUGAGGAGCUGUGGUGGUGGUGGUUGUUGGAGGAGCUGUGGUGGUGGUAGUUGUUGGAGGAGCUGUAGUGGUGGUAGUUGUUGGAGGAGCUGUGGUUGUGGUAGUUGUUGGCGGAGCUGUAGUUGUGGUAUUGUUGGAGGAGCUGUAGUUGUGGUUGUUGGAGGAGCUGUAGUUGUGGUGGUUGUUGGAGGAGCUGUAGUUGUGGUAGUUGUUGGAGGAGCUGUAGUUGUGGUAGUUGUUGGAGGAGCUGUGGUGGUGGUAGUUGUUGGAGGAGCUGUAGUUGUGGUAGUUGUUGGAGGAGCUGUAGUUGUGGUGGUUGUUGGAGGAGCUGUGGUGGUGGUGGUUGUUGGAGGAGCUGUGGUGGUGGUAGUUGUUGGAGGAGCUGUAGUUGUGGUAGUUGUUGGAGGAGCUGUGGUGAUGGUGGUUGUUGGAGGAGCUGUGGUGGUGGUAGUUGUUGGAGGAGCUGUAGUUGUGGUAGUUGUUGGAGGAGCUGUGGUGGUGGUAGUUGUUGGAGGAGCUGUAGUUGUGGUGGUUGUUGGAGGAGCUGUGGUGGUGGUAGUUGUUGGAGGAGCUGUAGUUGUGGUAGUUGUUGGAGGAGCUGUAGUGGUGGUAGUUGUUGGAGGAGCUGUAGUUGUGGUGGUUGUUGGAGGAGCUGUGAUGGUGGUAGUUGUUGGAGGAGCUGUAGUGGUGAGGAGCUGUAGUUGUGGUAUUGUUGGAGGAGCUGUGGUUGUGGUAGUUGUUGGCGGAGCUGUAGUUGUGGUGGUUGUUGGAGGAGCUGUAGUUUUGGUGGUUGUUGGAGGAGCUGUAGUUGUGGUAGUUGUUGGAGGAGCUGUAGUUGUGGUAGUUGUUGGAGGAGCUGUGGUGGUGGUAGUUGUUGGAGGAGCUGUAGUUGUGGUAGUUGUUGGAGGAGCUGUAGUUGUGGUGGUUGUUGGAGGAGCUGUGGUGGUGGUGGUUGUUGGAGGAGCUGUGGUGGUGGUAGUUGUUGGAGGAGCUGUAGUUGUGGUAGUUGUUGGAGGAGCUGUGGUGGUGGUGGUUGUUGGAGGAGCUGUGGUGGUGGUAGUUGUUGGAGGAGCUGUAGUUGUGGUAGUUGUUGGAGGAGCUGUGGUUGUGGUAGUUGUUGGGGGAGCUGUGGUUGUGGUAGUUGUUGGAGGAGCUGUGGUGGUGGUAGUUGUUGGAGGAGCUGUGGUGGUGGUUGUUGGAGGAGCUGUGGUGGUAGUUGUUGUUGGAGGAGCUGUAGUUAUGGUAGUUGUUGGAGGAGCUGUAGUUGUGGUAGUUGUUGGAGGAGCUGUGGUUGUGGUAGUUGUUGGAGGAGCUGUGGUGGUGGUAGUUGUUGGAGGAGCUGUAGUUGUGGUAGUUGUUGGAGGAGCUGUGGUGGUGGUGGUUGUUGGAGGAACUGUGGUUGUGGUAGUUGUUGGAGGAGCUGUGGUGGUGGUAGUUGUUGGAGGAGCUGUGGUGGUGGUUGUUGGAGGAGCUGUAGUUGUGGUAGUUGUUGUUGGAGGAGCUGUAGUUAUGGUAGUUGUUGGAGGAGCUGUAGUUGUGGUAGUUGUUGGGGGAGCUGUGGUUGUGGUAGUUGUUGGAGGAGCUGUGGUGGUGGUAGUUGUUGGAGGAGCUGUGGUGGUGGUUGUUGGAGGAGCUGUAGUUGUGGUAGUUGUUGUUGGAGGAGCUGUAGUUAUGGUAGUUGUUGGAGGAGCUGUAGUUGUGGUAGUUGUUGGAGGAGCUGUGGUUGUGGUAGUUGUUGGAGGAGCUGUGGUGGUAGUUGUUGUUGGAGGAGCUGUAGUUGUGGUGGUUGUUGGAGGAGCCGUGGGGGUGGUAGUUGUUGGAGGAGCUGUAGUUGUGGUGGUUGUUGGAGGAGCCGUGGUGGUGGUAGUUGUUGGAGGAGCUGUGGUGGUGGUAGUUGUUGGAGGAGCUGUAGUUGUGGUGGUUGUUGGAGGAGCCGUGGGGGUGGUAGUUGUUGGAGGAGCUGUAGUUGUGGUGGUUGUUGGAGGAGCCGUGGUGGUGGUAGUUGUUGGAGGAGCUGUGGUGGUGGUAGUUGUUGGAGGAGCUGUAGUUGUGGUGGUUGUUGGAGGAGCUGUGGUGGUGGUAGUUGUUAGAGGAGCUGUAGUUGUGGUGGUUGUUGGAGGAGCUGUGGUUGUGGUUGUUGGAGGAGCUGUAGUUGUGGUAGUUGUUGGAGGAGCUGUGGUGGUGGUUGUUGGAGGAGCUGUGGUGGUAGUUGUUGUUGGAGGAGCUGUAGUUAUGGUAGUUGUUGGAGGAGCUGUAGUUGUGGUAGUUGUUGGAGGAGCUGUGGUUGUGGUAGUUGUUGGAGGAGCUGUAGUUGUGGUAGUUGUUGGAGGAGCUGUAGUUGUGGUAGUUGUUGGAGGAGCUGUGGUGGUGGUAGUUGUUGGAGGAGCUGUGGUGGUGGUAGUUGUUGGAGGAGCUGUGGUGGUGGUAGUUGUUGGAGGAGCUGUGGUGGUGGUAGUUGUUGGAGGAGCUGUGGUGGUGGUGGUUGUUGGAGGAGCUGUGGUUGUGGUAGUUGUUGGAGGAGCUGUAGUUGUGGUAGUUGUUGGAGGAGCUGUAGUUGUGGUAGUUGUUGGAGGAGCUGUAGUUGUGGUAGUUGUUGGAGGAGCUGUGGUGGUGGUGGUGGUUGUUGGAGGAGCUGUGGUUGUGGUAGUUGUUGGAGGAGCUGUAGUUGUGGUAGUUGUUGGAGGAGCUGUGGUGGUGGUAGUUGUUGGAGGAGCUGUGGUGGUGGUAGUUGUUAGAGGAGCUGUGGUGGUGUUGUUGGAGGAGCUGUGGUGGUGGUAG